AUGAAUUUAAAUGAUGACGACGAAGAAGAUUCAUUUUUCACUCAACAUUGUUUCGAAUUAGCUAAAUUACUACGUACAGAACAAACAGAACACUUUCUUCAUCUCUACGAUAGUUUACCAUCAGAAUGGAAUGGUGCUCGACUUGAAGAAGCCAAAGAAUCUAUUCGUCGUUUACAAGAACUUGAUGAAAACGAAUUUGAUCAACUCUACGAACGCGUCUCUCGUCAGCAACAAUCGAAUCUUUCGACGAACGAUAUGUCAAAGCAAUCACCAAUAGUUCGUAAUGAUGAUAAUCAUACUAUGGAUCAAACCAUUUCCUCGACUAGCCGUAUAACAUCAUUAGCGAUCCUUCAACAAAAACAACAUUUAGAAAGAACAACAGCAAACAAUCUUGCAUGUGAUGAACAACAUGACUUACCAUCCAAACAUUCCUCAAACUCAUCCAAAAAUUCAACUCGUCAACUUCAAUCGAUAACAAAUAACAACAAUAAUUCACCUGACAUGAUCUCAACCAAUAAUCAAACUCACGUACCUGUCGAUUCCUUCGUUCAGCUUAAUCUCAAACCAUCCGUGGAAAUUUCACUUCAAGAUUAUAAAAAGGCGAGAGUUUUAUCACCGACUGCAAAACCUAGGAGUAUCAACGCUCGCACUUCUCUGUCACAAUCCAAAGAUGUUCACGAAUCGCAUACGAAUUCAAACAACGCAAUGAAGAAACAGAAGAAAUCGCUUGCCAAUCAGUACCAUGAAGAAGCAAGUUUAGAUUAUUUUUUCAAGAAGGAUGAAGAUGAUCGACAACCCUCUCGUUCAUCAUCAUCAUCUUCAUCAUCAACAGCUUCGAUUCCAAUGUCAUCAAAAGCCAAAACUGAUUCAACUCAACCUCAACUUCUACCACGCGAACGAACAACCAAAUCUUCAUCCGAAAACAGUGGAAGUGCCCGAACAGGUUCCGCUUCAGAUAGUGACGAUGAACGUCGUUCUCGCCUGUUGAAGAAAACUGAACUAUUCUCAGCAACAAAACCCACUUUAUUAUCUACAAGUAAAUCGUUUCAAAACGAUGCGAUACCGACGAUAAUGCUGAAUGCAACAAAUGAUCAUCGACCGGCUCAACAUGAUCGUUUUUCAACUUUACCUGCACAAGAUAGUUACGAAUUAGUUCACUUAACUUCAAAUCCAAACAACAAUAAUCAUUCGAGUAACGAUAUUCUUUCCUAUACAACGCAAAGACCUCAAGCGAAUAAUCUACUAUCAUCUAGUCAGCAGAAUCAGAAUUCGGAACAUUAUGAUCAAUACAAUGCCAAUGAUUCCAAUUCAUCGCGAAAAUCAACCACUCGAACAAGUAAAAAACGCAAACAACUGCAACAGCAAGAAACUAUCCGAACAGAACUAAUACCUGGUCAUCGGGGCGACCGUGACGUCGAUGAACUUGUUAUGUUUAUUGAUGGAAACUCAUCAACGAAACAACGACAAAAUUCAGCUUCUUUACGUUCGACAGACACAAAUAGUAAUACAACUCGACGAAAAUCUCGAAAAUCAGUUAAAGAAGCAUUCGUAAGCACUACCGAUGAAACCAAAGCAUCGCACGUCGACGAACACAUCCAGUCGAUCAGUUUUGUUGAUGAAGAUCAAUCAGCAACAACAGCAGAACAUUCCGUCAAUAAUGUAACAAAUGAACAAAAUACUACUGGAAACAGCCUUCCUAACGAAGAUGAACUUCAUUCUUCGCCAAAUGCGACUAAUGGUGAAAUAUCGGCAACCGAAUGGUUAGAACCAGUCCGUAGUACAACAUCUGUCACUGAUGAUAAUGACUCACUAUCUUUAUCCACGGCAGCAUUGAAUAAUUCGAUCAAUGAAAUCGCUUCGGAACCUUUCGUAACGGUUACACAUCGUCGUCGUUUGACGAAAGAACGUCGGCAAGAUUCAAAUCCUUCGUCAUCAUCAUCUUCGCGAACAUCUCACUUGCCGUCGUCGAGUACGAAUGACAAACGUCGUUUUAUGCCUCAAACAACGCUACAAAAUGGAACGGCACGUUCAAAAAUGCGUGUCAAUGGUCCUUCGAAUGUAAAAUCAUCGAAUUCUCCAUCAACAAUAGAAGAAACAGCACCUUCAGCUCCACAAUCUGUUUUUCAAACAUCAACAGUACCACCUGCAUCGUCAUCUGCGAUAUCGAACAAUGUAGCUGAUCAACUGUCACCUCGCCUAUCAUCUCAUUCGUCCUCAUCAUCAAUAACAUCAUCAUUGAAACGACCGUCAAAACCACCACCGGUCGUCUUUUUCAAUAAAUCUGAAGAUGUCCAAUUGAAUGGUGUUUCGUUCGGUUUCGAUAUCGAAAAUCCUUUAGUAGACAAAUUCGUUACAGAAACAUUGUCGUCGUCAUCUUCGCUACCUCCAACACCUUCUUCGGCGCCAUUGUCAGCAGUUGACAAAGAACAAGAAACUCCCUCUUCGACGCCUCCAAUCGAUCCGAAAACUUCAUCAUCUCGACGUUCAUACCAACAGCAACGAUCGAACCGUGGACAAGUCUUCAAUUCUGGUUCAGAUUUUCAUUCACAUCAACACAAUAAUCAAAAUUAUCCAUCGCAGACAACACCACUCACCCAGUCAUCUUAUGUUGAUCCUCUGCUUUUCUUACAAUAUAACCAACAACGUCUAAUUUCGAACUAUUCCCAACCAUUUCCUUAUAUGAGCAUGGCUCGUCCACCAUACAUAUCCUCUCAGACACAGUACUAUAUUAUUCCAACUGGAUAUACGACUUCGACUACUAAUGAUGCUACUACCGCUACAGGUCAAGAUGAAAAUACCAGCAACGAUGAUGAUAACGAAACUGCUCAAUCCUCAGAACAUGCUCAAGCACCUUUACUAUUUUAUACGGCUAUCUCAGCACCAAUGUACCUGCAACCGAUGAAAAAAGGACCAAGUGAUCUUGAACAACCCGUACCUAUCCCACCGAUGUAUGCACCUCCAUACUAUUAUCCAACACAGACGCCGCAUGCAGCAUAUUUUCAACCGAUCACACCAGCAUCGCUACUGAUUGAAAGUAAAUCUCAACAAGACGAUAGUGAUAAUGAAGAUGGUUAUGAGUCGUCUACAAGACUAUUUCAUCAAAGCAGACAACAAUCUUCAUCGCACAUUAUGUCAAAUGCAUUACAGCUUGUCUAUAGUCAAGAAAGACGAAAUGCGCCAACCGAUCGAUUCAAUCUCGAUCAACUAACUGCGUAUUUAGCAAUGAAAUGGACAGAUGCUGUCGGUCACUACGAACAAGGUAAGAAGCCUUCUACAAGCUUGGUAACCUUUUGCUCCUAUUAA